GACAAAGGAUUAUUAAGAACUACGAAAAAUUGUAGUACACACCGAAGGCCCAUGAAACUUCUUGCAGGCGGGGAACACGGAUUUGGCCGUUUCCGAUGUUCUGCUGGCCGCGGAAACUGCAAACAGUACGUGGCAACAGUCGAUUCCUUCUUCCAGGACGUCCGUCUGCAAUUGCAUAAGGCAAUAAAACUAAUGUAUUGCUUCACUCGUGACUUUUCCUACGAGGAUACCGCAAAUGAGGUAUACGACGUGGGAAAAGACGAGGAUAUUUUGUCGACGAACAAACUGCUAUUGUUCGCAGAUGAUAGUGGAUCAUCACGCUUGCAAAAUGCAGGCGGGGUUAAUGAAGCAGGAUCUGCAAUCGUUGUACAGAUCGAUGUAGCCAAAUUCGGCAAAAGAAAGUACAACCGUGGCCGAAUCGUCGACGGCCACUGGGUGCUUGGUAUGGUCGACACAUCGACCAACGAUUGCGGAAUGGUUGUCGUUCAAGAUGGGAGGCGGCAACAUUGAUCCCCCUAAUAAAAGAAAAUGUUGCAGCUCGCAGCAGGAUCCAUACCGUCUCAUUUAAAAGUUACAUGGUUCUCGCUGCUGAAGGAUACAUCCAUAAGAUAGUUAAUCACAGCGUCUUUGUUGCUCACGAUGGAACUCAUACGCAGAAAAUCGAAGCUAACUGGCGACUCGCAAAAGAUUGGAUGCGUGGAAGGAGCCGCUUCCACGACGAAGACUUUGCCGAUCGUCUUUGCUCGUCUUUGCUGAUCACAGCAAACAAGGAACAAUAUGUUUUUAAAUAUGCGAAUUUAUCUACAGUGGAGAAAGACAAUUCAUUCGGCAAACUCUUCUCAUAAUUGCCUGAAGCACAUCAAGUCAGCCAUCGUAUUGUUACUAAAGGCCCUCCUACUGUGAAACGUCCACGUCGUCCGACACCUGAAAAAUACCAUGCUGCUAAAGCAGAAUUCGAUGAUUGAACAGUAGAGAAAUUCCGAGAAAUAGACGAGAAAGUAAAGAUCGAUUGCGUUAAUUAAGAAAAGGAAACUGGAAAGAGAGAGGAGCACGUUGUCGGAGACGCUUAAGAACGAGCUUUUAACGAUAAACUUUGGUUUCUGCCUACUGUACAACAGAACGAACUGGAAUGUAUUAUUAUUUAUUAAA